AUGUCAUCCACACCCACUUUUAAAGGAACCAUCAACCACAAAACGGUCGGCAGAGGCAGGCUGCCCGACUUCCAAGACAGUCACAUUCCUCGUCCUCGUCCGGACACUUCCUCCACUGUACACACCCCGCAGACCGCGUCCAGCGAUAUUGGAAGCAACACCAUGAGUGCUGCCAGCAGUCGACAGCGUCAAAAUCAGUCCAAGCGCGAUGAGGCGAUUCGGCGAAAAUUGGAGGCCGACCUCAACAAGAAGCGCCAACACACGACCAGAGCAAACCGUUCUCGCAAAGCUCCUCCCGGCACCGUUCUUGCCUUGAAACCCAGCCAGGCCCUGCAGAUUAAGCCCAACACUACCAUUGCGGAAGCCGCCCAGUUGAUGGCCGCUAAGAGAGAAGACUGCGUACUGGUUACCGACGAUGAUGACCGUAUCUCUGGUAUCUUCACCGCGAAGGAUCUUGCUUUCCGGGUGGUGGGAGCAGGCCACAAGGCGCGUGAAGUCACGGUGGCUGAGAUCAUGACCAAGAACCCUCUUUGCGCUAGGACCGACACAAGCGCCACCGAUGCUCUCGAUCUGAUGGUGCGCAAGGGAUUCCGCCAUUUGCCCGUCAUGGAUGAGAAUCAGGACAUCUCCGGUGUGCUUGAUAUUACGAAAUGCUUCUACGAUGCGAUGGAGAAACUGGAGCGUGCCUACAGCUCUUCCCGCAAACUCUACGACGCCUUGGAAGGUGUCCAGACCGAACUCGGCUCCAGCCAGCCCCAGCAAAUCAUCCAGUACGUUGAAGCUUUGCGGCAUAAGAUGUCCGGCCCGACGCUGGAAUCUGUCCUAGAUGGCAUGCCCCCGACCACCGUCUCUGUCCGCACCACCGUCAAGGAAGCGGCUGCUUUGAUGAAAGAGCACCACACCACCGCCCUUCUCGUACAAGACCAGGGCUCCAUCACAGGCAUCUUCACCAGCAAGGAUAUCGUACUGCGUGUCAUUGCUCCGGGUCUUGACCCCGCCACUUGCAGCGUUGUUCGCGUUAUGACACCUCACCCGGAUUUUGCCCCCAGCGACAUGAGUAUCCAAGCUGCGCUUCGGAAAAUGCACGACGGACACUACCUGAACCUGCCUGUGAUGAACGAUGCAGGGGAGAUUGUGGGUAUGGUGGACGUGCUCAAGUUGACAUAUGCGACUCUGGAACAGAUCAAUACCAUGUCAUCACAGGAUGAUGAGGGGCCCGCAUGGAACAAGUUCUGGCUCUCAAUGGAUCACGAGUCCGACUCAAUGGUCUCAGGAAGCCAGCAGCCCGCUCAGCGGUCAGUGAUCAGCCCCGAGUCACCCAAGGCUAGUUAUGACGCUCGAGACAGCGUUCUCCCCAACGAAUCUGCUUCCCACCACGGCGGGGAUGAGCAUUCGGAAUAUGCAGAGCCGCACCAUGCCGAACACAUCUCGUUUCCGUUCAAGUUCAAGGCUCCAAGUGGACGAGUACACCGCGUUAAUGUUCUUCCUGCCGCCGGUGUCGCUGAGUUGGUCGCUCAAGUAUCGGCCAAAUUGGGUCCUGAGGUAGAGGCCGUCGGCGGUGCUCCAAUCAGCGAAGAUGGCAAGCUCAGCAACACGGGCUAUGCUCUCAGUUAUAUGGACAACGAAGGCGACACCGUUUCAAUCACCACAGAUCAGGAUCUGUCUGAUGCUGUGAGUCUCGCGCGUCUGUCGCAUAGAGACAAGGUCGAUCUGUUCGUGCACGAUCCCAGCCAGCCUCCGAUUCCCGCUACGUUGGAUCCUCAACCGGCUCCGGCCCGUCCUGUCGAGGAGAAGAGUGUGAUCUCUGAGGAACGAUCCGAGGAGGAGGUGGUAGUGGCCAAGCCCCUCCGGGCUCAGUCCUUCCCUGCGCAUCACGCUGAGGAGCAGUUCAUUGCCGGAGUGCCCAACGAGCUACUGUUGCCUGGAGCGAUUGUGACCUUGGCCGCGGUGAUUGCGGGUGUAUUCAUCCUGGGCCGGGCUACUUCCCGGUAA